CCGCCGGUUGAGUUCCACGAUAUCCGGACUCCCGAGGUCUCCGCAAAGGCGCAUCCAAGAACACAUCAUCGGCAGUCCUCAAAUGGCCAGUCGGUAUCCCCCACCACCUACACCUCUGGUUCUUGCUUCGUCUAUAAGCAUCAAACGACAUCACGCAGCACGCAGCACAUUUCUCCACAAAGAUCAUGAAGAUCAUCAUCAUCGGCGCCGGGCUCGGCGGCCUGGCCGCGGCCGUGCGCCUGUCCAUGCUCGCGCACGAAGUCGUCGUCGUGGAGAAACACCCGGCCCUGUCUCCUCGCGGCGGCAGCCUGAGUACCCGCCCGGGGGCCUCGCGCAUCCUGGCGGCCUGGGGCUUGCAGGCGGACAUGGACGAGAUUGCGAAUCGCACCGAGGGGAUCUUCAUGCGCAGUCUCGCGACGGGGCGUGUCAUGACUACAUCAUCGUCAUCAUCAUCAUCGCUCCGGCCACCGCACUGGGGCACGACGAGGGAAGAGCUGAUCCGUCUCUUCUACGACAAGGCCGUCCAGCAUGGCGCCUCCAUUCGGUUCGGCUGCAGUGUGACGGAGGUGCACGACGAAGCUGGCCAGGACGCCUGGAUCAAGCUCGCAGACGGUGAAUGCCUCGCUGCCUCCAUGAUUCUGGCCGCCGACGGCAUCCGGUCGCGUACGCGGGCUGCUGUACUGGCCGACCUUGUACAGCCUGAAGCGAUGCAGCCGCUCGUCAGCGACAUCACUGGCUACGGCUUCAAGCUCCAGGCCUCCGUGCUGCGGGAAUCCGGCGAUGCCGCCGCCCUGGUCGAGAAUGUGAGCAGCAACGUCUGGAUGGGCGGGCCAGACAAUGUAUUUGCUGUGUCUCGAUACAGCCCCAAGAGCGAGUCGGUGGCGGUGCUGUGCCACACGGUCGACGCGGCGAGGAACUCGGAGCAGGACAGCCUCUGGGACGACAAGGGAGACCUGGCAUAUCUGCGGGCCGCCUUUCGCGGAGCCUCCGGCGCCAUCACCGGCGCGCUGGAAAUGGCAGAGUCCUGUGACCGCUGGAGGCUGGCCGAGCUGCCGAGCCUGCCUAGGUGGACGAGCUCCGCGGGCAGGAUUGUACUGCUCGGCGACUCUGCACACGCGAUGCACCCUUCCGCCGGGCAGGGCUUCUCUCAGAUUGUCGAGGACAUCGAGGUGCUGGCCGAGCUCAUCUCGCGGAGUAGUAGUAUAGCCUCGAGUCCCCCCGCUGGCAAGCUGGGCACUGACGCCGUCGCCGCAGUCACGCGGGCCUGGCAGGGCAUCCGGAAGCCGAGAGUCGAGAAGAUACAAGAGUAUUCACGCUGGAGCACGGCUCAGGUCUCACGGAGAGUAUCGCGUCCCGGGCCGGCCGACAGCCAGUCCGCUCAAGUCUUGCAGGGAGGGGACGAGGAGUUCCGGGAUCCCACGUUCAUCCAGUGGACUCUGGACUACGAUGUGAAAGAGGAGGUUGACCUGCUCCUUGAACUAGCCUAGGUGUUGCUUUCUCUGCUCUUGCUUGCAGGUUGACGAAGCAAAUCGAAACUUACCGUGGGACAUACGUACAGCUGGAGCCUUGUCAUGGAUGAAAUUAUCGUAAAGUCGGCCUAUAAGUGGUCGUGCUACGAUAUCUGGUGACUUCUGAUCUUCAUAUCACAAUGAAUGAGGGCGGGCCAGGCCAUAUGCAUAACCAAGCAUAUGCUAC